UGCUGCUUCUCGGUCUCCAUAUCUCUCUCUCUUCUCGAUCGCUGUCUUUCUCUCUCUAAAAUCCGUCUGGUACUUUUGUUUCUCUUUUCUCGCUCUCUCCUCUCUCCUCUACUUUCAUUUGACUUCUUAGGGUUUUGCUUUUUUCUCCUUGAGCUUCUUCUACUCAUCUCUGCAUUAAACUUUGAUCGAUCCGACGAAACCAUGAGUUGUGUAUCCGUGUUUGGAUCUCUGGUUUGUUGAUCGGUUUUCAGAGAAUCGGUACCCAUCUUCUUUUGCUUGAAACGGAUUUCUUUGGGAUCUCUGGAGCUUUUUUCAGGAAUUCUCUUGAAGUUUCAUGCCUAAAAUGGGGUGUUUCCCAGUCUUAAAAGGCAGGAAGAAGAAGUCUGAGAAAUCGAUCUACAUUAAACGUGUGAAUCCUCAGGAGAAUACACCCACUACGCUUCCUGAACCUCAAACCCAUAGUCGAGCGCUUCAGUCCGCUCCUCCAAGCUUCAAGACAAGACCCACAACUGUCCAACCAGCUAAUGUCCAACCUGCUAACAGAGUCACCAAUAGUAGAGCCCGGGCAUUAUCUGCUCCUUCAAGCCUAAAUGUGGAAGAGGGAGAUGCACUUUCACCUUUUGAAUAUGAUGAACAAGAAGAAUUGAAGAACAGAGGUGGAUUGCCAAAGGAACAACGGGCCCCAAGCCCACAACCUCUGCCUCUUCCUUCGCCUCGAAGUACUGGGUCUGGUUUGUUGAAGACUAUGGGGAGCUUCAAAUCAGGGAACAUCAGUGGUCCUCUUGCUCUCUCUGGUCCUUUACCUCUACCUCCUUUGGUACUCCGUAACUUCUCAUAUGAAGAGGUUGCGUCUGCUUGCCAAUAUUUCUCACCAGUGCAAUGCAUGUCAGAAGGCCUUUCUUCCAUAAUUUACAGGGCUUCUUUUGGAGAAGAUUCCUCAGGUGCCAAGAAGCUUGAAGCAACCGUUGUCCGUCUUCCAUCCACUCAGGGUUUCAAAGAAUUUGUACAUGAGGUCAAUACUCUUGCUUCUUUGCAACAUCCCCAGCUCUGUAAAUUGAUUGGUUUUCAUGCACGUGAGGGUUCAGAGCAACGAAUGUUGGUUUAUGAGAGACUAUUCAAGGGAAGUCUAGACAGGUUGCUUUAUGGAAGAUCUGAUGGUCCACUGAUUGACUGGAAUGCCAGGAUGAAAGUGGCAUUAUGUGCUGCCCAAGGUCUUGCAUUUUUGCACGAAGAAGGACCAUUUCAG